CGGUUAAGCUCUUUGACGCCUUUCCUUUGUUGCAAGAAAACGAGGGGAAAGAAUCAAAAAGGGAAAAGCAAAUUGAACCACCAAUAGCAAGCGUUAGAUAAUUAACAACAGUUACUUUCUUUACAACCUCAUAACAAAACAUUUCUGGUUCUACAAAGUGUUUUUAUAUAAUCUUUAAUAAUAUUAAACUCCUUUACGCCAAAUCUUUCAUGAUCUAUCAUGGAAACUGAUCCAGAUAAAGUGCUUAUUGUGAACCGAUCGAAAAAGUAUCGUGUUGGUAAACGUUUUAUCUGUUCCCGUGUGCCUUAUUUUGAAAAAAUGUUUUCUUGUGAUUUGUUGGAAUCAAAGGAAAACAAAGUUGUUCUUGAUUUUGAUGAAAAAUGUUUUGGUUUGAUUCUUCAUUGGCUCCAGUAUGAACACAUAUUAAUCAAAAUGGACUGCGUGAUUGCAGUUUACGAUAUUGCUGAUUACUUGGUGAUGGAUAAGCAACUGCUAACAUAUUGCAUUAACUAUUUCGAUGUCGACUUUCAGAAAAAUUUCUCUGUUGUAAAUAUUCCAGUUGUUAUCCCUCAAGUUUCUGCAGUGUCCAAGUUAAUGAAUUCUGAUCAACUCAAUUCGUUUAUUUGCCGUCACUUUUUGAAAAUAGUUCACACAACUGUUUUUCCAAGCUACUCAAUUGAAACAUUGGAAUACAUAUUGAAAUUGGAUUUGCUGGUGCUUUCAGAAUAUCAAGUUUUCGAAGCGAUAGUCACUUGGAUUGAAAAUGAUCCUGACUCAAGAAUACGCAAGCUUGCAGAUCUUUUUAAACAUAUUCGUUGGUGUCAUUUAUCUGUGGAGGAUUUGAAAAAAAUAAAGUUACACGAUUCAACUAGACAUUUGCCAUAUUUCCAAUCAAUCGUUUGCUCAUCAACUACUUGUGCAUUUGGUUCAUGUGACUUCAAUCGCAGUAAUCAAACUUUUUUUAUCAUAGUUUAUGAAAUGGGUGAAGCUUGGUUAAAAAUUAAAGUGCUUGAUGCUGAGUUUAAAUGUUUACUCAAUACACAUGUUACAUUCGAUAUCUCAAUUUCACUUGGAUUCAUAUACGACGAACACGUUACUGAUAUUUUUUACGAUUCAGGGAAAAGAGGAAUUCGUGUUGAUUGGAUCAGAAAAAAGUUCAGAUAUCUCCCAGUUUCCAAUUACUACAAGCAGAUUUAUAAUAUGUUUGAUAAAUACCUACCAAAGUUCAACUGGAAAUCUUUCUCUAUAGAAGAUCCAGGAACAAAAUUAUACUCCGAUCAUACUGAGCCCAUUGAAGAGAAGAUGUUCAUUGAAGUUAACCACAAAAUCUUCAUUCUUAUCAGAGACAGAUCAAGCCGCAAAUUUUUUUGCGUCAAGCCUGAUCAUGAAAGCCUUCAUGAUGCUUAUAAAGUCAAGAACCAAACUUUCCUUGCAACUGCGUUAAAUAACUGCAUAUAUAUCUUAACAAAUGACGCUCAUUUUAUUGAGUUCAACACUGUUGCUCGAGCCUACAGGAUAAGUACGCGAUUUAAGGACUCAAAGAUAAUAAUUAAAGAUUCAAUUCUAACUUCGCAUCAAGAUAAAGUGAUUAUUUUACAUAAGUCAACUGGAAAAAUUCAAGUAUAUAACAUGACUUUCGAGAAAUGGAGUGAAUUGGGUCAGAUAAAGGAUCGUAACACUGAUCCCGAAGGAAAUGAUUUCAACAGAAUGCUAACUUUUGGCCCAGCUUUUUUGCCACUUCAAAAACUCAACCUUUUUAUGUGAAAUUUUUGCGCCAACAAAUAAUUUUAUGAUAAUCUUUGUUUUUAAGAGACAAAUCAGUUCCAAAUAAUCUCUAGUAUUACUUUUUAAGUUUAUGACCACUGUCUUGUUAUGAAUAUAAAUAUCUCUUAGAAUUGAUCUCGAUCAAAUUCUACUCUUCGAUUAUCAAGCUUUUCAUCGAUUAAUCGUAUCGGAACAACUCUUGUGUGUUCUAAACUUAUUCUAUUCUAUUAUUCUAUUCUACAGUCUUACUUUAUUUAUUUUGAAUAAGAAAGUUAACUCUUUUCAAAUCUAUCUUAUCUAGAAAUUGUUAUUUUAUCGAUUUAUUUUGCUUUAUUAGCCUAAAUCAUCAUGGAUAAAGAAGAUGAAAAUUGUGAUGCAAAAUUGCAAAUAUUGAAUAGAAAAAGAAAAUAUACUGUUUCUAAAAAGUUCAUCUGUUCAACUGUGCCUUACUUUGAAAGAAUGUUUUCUUAUGAUUAUUCAUCAGCGCCUAAGAAAAACAAAGUGGAACUAGAUUUUGAUGAAUGCGUCUUCAAUUCUAUCCUCGAUUGGAUUCAUUCUGGAUCUUUCUGCAUUCAAAUGGAGACUGUGAUAAGUUUUUACGACGCAGCUGAUUAUUUGAUGAUAAACGAACGUUUGCUGCAACCUUGUCUCACUUAUUUCCAUGAAAACUUCACUGUUGAACAUCUUCCAGUCGUUCUAAAGCAGAUUACCCAAGUGUCUAAGUUGAUCAAUUUAGGAUCAAUUGAAAACGUCAUUUGUCGUCAUUUCUUGACGAUCGCCAUUAUGGAUACUUUCUUGCACUACCCAGUUAAGGCAGUUGAAUCUAUCCUCAAAUUAGAUUUAAUGGUUUACUCUGAAUAUCAAAUUUUUGAAUCAAUCAUCAAGUGGGUCCUUAAAAAGGUUGACUCUCGAAAAGCUUUACUUCCACAGUUAUUAAACUGUAUUCGUUGGUCUUACAUGGAUUUUGAUGAAAUUUCUAAGGUAAAGGAUAAUGAGUUAAUAAAGGCACUACCUUCAGAUUUAGUCAAAUCUUCAUAUUCUGGAUUCAAUCGCUCCAAACAAAACUUCUUUAUAUCUAUCCAUCAAAUAGAUACAUCAACAUUAAAAUUAAAAGCGUUUGAUAAUGACCUUUUUUGUUUCACGAUUGGCGAUUUUACACAAGACGAUUCAAUGUCACUUGAGUUUGUUCAUGGAGAACAUAUUUCAGAUAUUCUAUUUGAUUCUGGAACAAGAGGAAUCCGAAUUGAUUGGGUAAAAAAGACAUUUAGAUGGCUUCAAUUUAAAGUUGCUGGUAAAACUUACUACAGUCAAUUCAUUAAAUUCAUUGUAAAGUUUGGACUCAAAGUAAGUUCGUGUUAUUUGGAUGACAAAGUCGCGAAAGUUCCUUCUCCACUUCACGCUGCAGAGACACUGUUCCUUGAAUCUAAUGGUAAAUUCAUUGUAAUUGGUAAAACUAAAGACGAGAAGAAGUGGUUUGGUCUAUUCCCAGUUAGACAUGAAGGUUGGUUCAACCAUUAUAGAGAUAAAGAACACUCUUUUAAAGCCACUGUUUUGGAACCUGUUGUUUAUAUACUGACAAAGGAUCUCGAAUUUAUUCAAUUUAAUUGUGAAACUCGGUCCUUCGAUAAGAGUGAACCGUUCAAAGAAAAAGGAUGGAAUUUCAAUGAUUUAAUUUUAACUUCUCAGCCAACAAAGGAUGAUAAAAUUAUUUUGGUCCAAAAAUCAUCAGGAAAAUUACAUUAUUUCUGCAUUAAUCAGCAGAAAUGGAUUGAGAAAUAUCGUAUUAUGAAUGUAAACUUUUGUUCCAACAGUUCCAAUGUUGCUGUUGAUAAAUUAAUUGCUUUUACUUCGUCGUUUUUACCGAUAAAAAAAAUUAAACCUUUGUAUAAGCAUAGUGCUAUUUAACUUUAUAAUUUCCCGAUGUACCUUUAGUUCCACUUUAAGCCCUAAAUUUUUAGACAAUCAGUUGUGAGCUCCAUCAUUCUCCAUCAUGAUUGAAUUUAUUAUUCAUUAUAGUUACAUCCACACUCAUUCAAUUGAACUCUUUCAUUCAAACAAACAAUUCAAUUCAAUACAAAUGAGCCCAAGAACUUACAAUGUAUUUCUGUUUCUUGCUCAUUACCAUUCAGAAACGCAAUAUAUUUUUCUAUCUGUCUAAUUAUA